AUGACUUUCGAAGCUGACUUUUCACCAGCUCCUCACGAACAUCAACAUCAACUUCUCGAACACCGCAUACCACUCGCCGCUCUCCUCUUCACAAGCAUUGGUCCCGCGAAGACACGGCCUCGGGAAGUCUCUUCCACAUACACAGCACUCUUGUCGUAUCUAUACCUCACUCUUGUGGCGGAGCUGUCAAAUGUGGUACACUUUAUAUACAGUGUACCGCAUCACAUGCGCGACUGUCUCAUCAAGCCACCACUGAUGUGUUGUCGAGCAGCUGUAGGUGUCACGGCCUUCCCUCCCUCGCAGAUGGACUCCUUGCACCUCACUCUCACACCUUCCAUUUGCACUGGGGUGCAGAUCCACCAGCAGACCUUCGCGGACGUUACCUCCACACCUUCACAUCUCGUCCAUCGAUGCAGUUCAGCGGUCAAGGUGAAGCUGGCGACGGCGUUCGAAGCGCAACUGAAUGAGUUACUGGGCAACAUCAAGACUACGACUGAGGAGCAACGAAACGCGGUGGAGACUCUUGAGAAAGACCAACAGGACAAGAGAAAAGCUCUGAUGGCAGAAGCCGUGGCACUAUACGGACAAUGGCACGAAUCCCGUCUGACCAUCGGUCAAAUCUACGAGCGAACGAAGAACGACCACAAGAGCGAGAAGAUGCUUCACUCAUUGUUCGAAAUCGACAAACACCGAAAGUCUUAUCUGAACACUCUUCGGACACAAUGGCAGAUGACCUUGCUCGACUUGGCAGGAAUGUUCAACAAUUGCCUUGAAACUGGAGAAUUUCUGAAGAUUCUGGCCGAGACCAGCAAAGAACUACCGCUCGAAAAGCGAGACGACGUGAUCCGACACACACUGGAAUGCAAGAAGAUACGCAUAUCAAAAGGCCGACACGACCGCAAGCUGAAGGAAUGGAGUAGCAAAGACGUCGAAAAAGCGGUUGAGAAGGUACAAAAUAAGCACACGUCACAGAGCGAGGACAAUGGAGCACAUGAUCAAGGCACAGAUUUUCAAAGCGAGGACGACGUAUCAGAAGAGCAAAACGCACGUGUGCACAGCGAGAGGGAUGAGGCUGGAGAUGAAGGCGCAGCUUCACGAAGCGAGGACAACGUGCCAGAAGAAGAGCAACGCACAGAUGUGCCAAGCGAGAGAGAUGAGGCUGCAGAUAGAGGCACAGAAGAUGGAGGUGCGAAACACAAGGAAGCGGCUGUCAGCGCAGGAGACGUGGCCUUUUCCACUGGAGCGCCGCCGCGAAUUACACCUACCCACCCACAACUGCCCUCAUCGUCCACCGAAACACCCGUCGGAUAUUCUCGCAGCCGGUCUCCCGAGCAAGGGAGAGCCGUCGCGGGGCCUAUUUCGGACCGUGAAACGCCGCCCGUCUUCGAUUCGGACGGUCCGUGGAAUGGUCAUUCGCCCACCCUAGUUGAAGCGACUGGCAGUGCGAAGCGCGGACGCGAUGACAAUCCCGAGGAUCCCCAGCCCGAGAACACCAUGAAGAAAUUGAAACCUUCACCUGCAAAGGUCUCUGGUUCCCAAACGCCUUCGUCAGACCCACAUUUCGUGCUCGAACAUCUCCGACCCGAGCAGUGGCUGAGUACAACAGGCGUUGAUGAGCUGCUGAAGCUUUUCGCACCACCACAUGUUCACAUCGUGGAUUCUGGCUACGUCGGGAGAUUACUCUCGUCCGACAAGGAGUACAAACCCCGCCGCAACUCCUUCGCCAAGAGCAGAUUGCUUGUCGUUCCCAUCUACGAUAAACCAUACCACUGGUGUUUGGGGAUCGUGGACCGUCAGCGACGAGAAGUCGAAUUCUACGACCCGCUCGCUCGCACUCCAGACCGCAGAAGCACAAAUUGGAGCGCCAAGCUGCUUGUGUUUUGCAAGACCUUGCCAGGUUACCAAGACGUCGGCCCAAUAGAGUGGACUCUUGCAGCCGCGCAGCAGGACCGUCCGAUCCAGGACGACUUUAUCAACUGCGGCAUCUUCAUUAUUCUGCACGCUAUUCGACGUAUGCAUGCAACGACUCAACUGCAGCUGCCACACCUUUUCACUGCGCGACACGCAUUCUCCCUUUGCUACAUCGCGAUACAACCCGACGUCAACGAGUUGAAACUCGCAGAAGAAUUCACUACUAAGCUCGAUAUCUCGCUACCAGUUCCCGAUGGUGCAACUGUGAUCCCUGGCAUUCAAGUUAUGCAAGCUGCUGCCGAUCUCGCCAAGAGGUACGAAGCCGCUUCGCCAGAGUGGCAACACCGGUUAUCGAUGUGUACGGAGCUUGUGGACGCACUGCGAGAGACGCUUUCUUAUUUCGAAGAGAAAGCUCGCAAGAUUGGCGAAAUCAAGGAGCGCAUGCAUGCUGCCCUUCAGCUCGACAAAGAGUAUGGUUUGGAUGUAUUGACAUGCCAACUCCACGAGGGUCAGAGUGACCGUACUGUUGAAAAGCUCAAGAAGGUCGUCCAAAGCUUGACGGCUUUGAAGAAGGCCAUUAAGCAAGAAAACGCCGAUAUUGCCAAAGCGAUGUCGUCCAUUCGCACUCCCGCCCUCCAAGUCCGCGCGCCUCCGGCAGCAACACAGACCUCCAAGUCACCGAUCGAGCCCCUAAUCCAUCUCCGAUGUGGUCGUGCCACCUAUCCGAGACUUGGACGCCGGAGAGGUUUGGAGAUGAAAGAGGUGGAAUACUGCCGGCGAGGGCGUUGA